AUCAAAAUUAUUUUAUCUGCGGAGUCCGAAUGUUAUAAAUCUAGAUCCUGAAGAAAAAUAAAUAGUAAAAAUUUGGGGCGACAUUGGAGUUUUAAUUUUCAUGAAAGUCUGAAUGGUUCUCACAGUAUGGAGGUAGGUCUUCGUGUCGUACGAGGUCCAGACUGGAAAUGGGGUAACCAAGACAACGGUGAAGGUCAUGUAGGCACAGUUGUCGAGAUAGGAAAGCCUGGCAGUCAAACAUCGCCUGAUAAAACAGUGGUUGUACAGUGGGAUUCUGGAGCGAGAACUAAUUAUCGUGUCGGUUAUCAGGGUGCCUACGAUCUGAGGGUUAUAGAUAAUGCACCUAUUGGUGUAAAACAUACGAAUAUAAUCUGUGACUCAUGUCGUAAACAAGGUAUACAGGGAAUGAGGUGGAAGUGUAAUAAAUGUCGUGAUUUUGAUCUGUGUACGUUAUGUUAUAUGGCUGAUAAACAUGACUUGGCUCAUUCCUUUCUACGUUUAGAUUCAGCAUCCUCUAAAGGUAUAAAAGUGGCAAAGAGAGGAUUAAGUGGUAAAAUGAAAUUAUAUGGAAUAUUUAACCAAGCGAGGGUUGUGAGGGGUCCAGAUUGGGACUGGGGUAAUCAAGAUGGAGGUGAAGGGAAGGUAGGAAGGGUAACAGAUAUCCGUGGUUGGGAUUCUGAAUCGGGACGAAGUGUCGCUCAUGUGACAUGGGGGUCUGGUUCUACUAAUGUUUAUAGGGUCGGACAUAAAGGGAAGGUGGACAUUAAAUAUAUUCAAGCUGCUGAUGGCGGAGAUUUUUAUCCCGAUCAUUUACCUGUAUUAGGAGAAUUUACAGAAACAAUUUUACCUGGAGUACCAUGUCAAUUCAAGGUCAACGAUAAAGUCAUAUGUGACCUUGACCCAGAGUUACUCAAGGCUAUGCAAGAAGGUCAUGGGGGCUGGAACCCAAGAAUGGCAGAAUAUGUAGCUAAAGUUGGUACAGUACAUAGAAUAACAGAACGAGGAGAUGUUCGAGUACAAUAUGAUAAUUGUACAAAUAGAUGGACAUUUCAUCCUGGGGCAUUAAAAAAGGUAAUGAGAUUUGGAGCAGGUGAUUUUGUGAAGAUAAACGAUGACAUGAAGAUAGUUAAAGAAUUACAGAAAGAUCAUGGUGAUUGGACAGAAAAUAUGAAACAGACAUUGGGUAAAAAGGGUCAAGUUGUGAAAAUAUAUCAAGAUGGUGAUCUACGCGUACAAGUUGGUAAUAUAACGUGGACGUUUAAUCCUGCGUGUUGUACGAUAAUACCACAUGGUGAACAGGAGAUGAACAACACGAUGGGUAAUCAGGGUCUGGAGAGAGAUGAAUUAGAAAGAAAUGCUUCAAUGACAACAUUGAUGGAUCAGCUUUCUGAUUUUCAUAUAAAUACGGGAAAAGAGACGGGACCAGAUCGAUUGGUUCGUGAAGCAGCUCAAGGUCAUCUAGAUAUCGUUCGUGAAAUAAUUACAAAACAUCAAGAAAAGGUUAAUGAAUUAAGUUCUGGUAAAACAGCUUUACAAGUUGCUAGUCAUCAGGGUCACCGUGAUAUUGUGGCGUUAUUACUUGCAAAUGGCGCUAAUCUUGAACUACAAGAUGAAGAUGGCGAUACGGCAUUACAUUAUUCAGCUUUCGGGAAUCAGUCAGAAGUAAUGGAGAUAUUAUUAAGUCGUGGAGCUGAGAUUGAUGCGUUAAAUAAAGGAGGUUGUAGUACUUUACAUGUGGCCGUCAACAAACAACAUCUGGACUGUGUUAAAGCUUUAAUUAAAUGUGGAUGUAAUGUCAAUAUACAGGAUGCGUAUGGUGAUACAGCUCUACAUGAUGCUAUUGGUAAAGAUAGUCAAGAAAUUAUUGAUAUGUUAGUCAACUAUCCUGGUAUUGACUUUACACUUAAAAAUAAUCGUGGUUUUAACGUUUUACAUCACGCUGCCUUAAAGGGAAACAACGUUGCUACCAAGAGAAUUUUACAGAAAUGUCCUCAAAUUGUUGAUAUAAAGAAAGAUGAUGGUUUUUCUUCGUUACAUUUGGCCGCGUUAAACGGUCAUAAAGAAGUAGCAGAAACGUUAUAUAGAGUCGGUCAAGCUGAUAUUGAAAUUCGUAAUAAUCGACAACAGACACCAUUACUGCUGGCGGUAUCCCAGGGACACACGGCUCUUAUCAUGUUAUUAGUAAGUUGUGGUGGUAACGUGAACGUGGAAGAUGAAGAUGGCGAUACCUGUCUCCAUUUGGCAUUAAUGAGACAAACAGUUGCCACGGAAAAAGAACGAUCACCGUUGUUAGAUGUAAUCAGAACACAACUUGGUAUGUCAGAAGAAGAAGAUCAAAGGGGAGCUGCGAUUGCGUGUUACCUGGCUCAACAGGGGGCUGAUCUCUACCAUAAAAACCAUGUGGAGAAAACUCCGUUAGAUAUUAUAAACGACGCUCAAGUAGAAAAACAUGUCAAACAAUUCGCAGACAACUUUGCUGCUGGUAAGAAAUCGGAACCGUCACCAGAUCCAUCACCAGCGCCCCCUACUGGUGAUUAUAUUGAAUGUGAGAUUUGUUGUGAACAACAAGCUAAUGUGACCUUUGAACCCUGUGGUCAUGUGAUAUUAUGUGUCGAAUGUUGUAUUAAAGUAAAAAGAUGUCUGACGUGUAAAGAAACUAUCACUAUGAAGAAAGGACCAGAUGGAACAACAAUAAGUACUAACUAUCAUUCACUUCCCGAGAAUCUCAUGUCAGAAGCGGCACUUCUGAAAAAACGACUACAAGAUAUGGAGGACCAACAGACGUGUCCGGUUUGUAUGGAGCGGAGAAGAGAUCUCGCAUUUAUCUGCGGUCAUACCGUCUGCGCGCACUGUGCUGGUUCGCUGAAACUCUGUCCAAUUUGCCGUAAACCAAUCACCAAGAAAAUACCCAUUUUUUCUUAAAUGAUCUACUGUUUUUGAAAAAUUUGGACGUGGAUGCGAUUUUGUUUAAACUAAGUUUUCAUUGGUGGCAGUACCAGGAUGACUUUUGUAUGCAAACUUUAAAGCUAAUCAGCUAGUAGUCAGCUAAUUUAAUAUCUGAAGUUGCUUAUGUCGUGAAACUGUGCUAAUCCUUCUUGAAAAACCAAAAAUACACAAAAAACUGUGCUGCAUUUAACACCUACUUGAAAAACUGAACAUGCACAGAAAACAGUGCUAACUCCUGCUUGAAAAGCUGAACAUGCACACAACAACUGUGCUAACUCCUGCAUGAAAAACUGACCAUGGACACAACUACGUUUGCUUCUGUAUCCAAGGAACUAACAAUCUCUCGAAUAACGAUCAGAAACUUGAAACUUAUAAUCAGUAUGUCAGUUUUAACGGCACUUGUUUAAGAGCACCUGUUUUCCUAGAUAUAUAAUUUCACACACCAGUACUAUAGAUAAUAAAAUAUUGUUAUAAUUGUAUGUUAACGGAGUCAACUGAUAUUCCUGUCCACACAAAUAUAUACACAUCAGUUAGUGAAUGUACUUCUAGUCUACACAGAGGGAAAAACUGCCACAUAAUAAAAUAUAUAAAUCACACUCAGGCUUGGAUUUACUUGACUAAAUCUCUAUAUAUUUGUCUGUUUGUGUGUUUGUUCAGGGGUGACGGUAUGAUGGUUUAAAAAUAGAUAAUGAAAAAGGAAUAUAUUGAAAAUUUCCGUCAAAUUACGUGAUUCUGAUCAAAAUUAUAACAGCUUGAAGAAUAGUGGAGUCUUGGUUUUCAUUGCUACAGAUAAACAAAGUUAUGUUUACACAUUUUAAAAUUAAAUAAUCAAAUGGCGAUUGUGUUUCAAUCUGUUCAAAAUCACAACCAUCCUAUGUUCUAGAGAGUUUAUUAUGGGCUUGUCAUGUUAAUUAAUGUCCGAUUAUUAAUCUAUAUAACAUUUGAGGCCUAAAGAAAGAUCUGCAAUAGACAUAUUUAGCUCUUGUAUAAUGUAUCUUUGAUAAUAUUUGUGAAUAUUGACGCCACUUUGUGUAAGUAAUGCCAGAUAAACAUCUAGUAAAUAAUGUUGUAAAUAUUGUAGUUAUUAAUCGAUAUACCAUGGUUUAUAUUUAUUAUAAACUGUUUCUAUAUUAAUCAAUAAACCAUGGUUUAUUAUAAACUGUUUCUAUAUUAUGUCCAUCCAUUCCAUCAUGUAUAUAAAUAAUAGAUGUGUAUAUAUAGUUUGAUUGAUUAUAUGUAUUGUUAUUUUCCACCCAACUGGAUUAUCUCCCUUUACGUAUCAAACUGAUUGCUUUCUUGUCAAACAUGCCUUGGCUCAGAGGGUAACGCACAGUUCAGGGUCUCGAAAGUGGUGCAGGAGGGAGGACCUGGCAAAGGCAGCGUUUAGUCAUUCCGAUUGUACAUAAACCAAGCUCCUGUGUAGCCUACAUGUUGGAAUGCAUAUAAAAAAACUCUUGAAAUUUUGGUGUUCGACAUUAGAGUUGGUUCGUGUGCAACUGUCCAUGCAAAAUGUUCCUCAUAGCACACCAUAUGCUUGUCUUCAUUUCGCAAACAUGCUACAUAAGGCAUUCUGAUAAAGGGGGGUAAUCCAGUUAAACUGAGGCUUAUUCACAAAAUAUUAAAACUAAAAUACUUUAAAAGACGAUAGAUUUCGCUGGAUAUUGUUGUCAGUGAACAAGUCUACCUGUUGGAAGUAAUAAUAAUACGAUGUAUAUAUAUUAUUGAAAUGUGAUAUAUUGUAUAUAUAGGUAGUAUUACCUGGUUGUAUAUAUAUAUUGAUGUGUAAAUAUUUAUUACUUACCUUUAUAUUUGUAUAUUUAAUAUCCUGUACAGUUACCAUAGAAACUAAUGUAUAUUUAUUUAUUCCCCAAUUUCUUCGUUUCAGACUAGUGUUUUAUUUAAUUUUUGGCAAAUUAUGUAAUUUUUCGUUUUUGGCAAAUUAUGUAAUUUUUUCGUUUUUUGUACAAAAGUAUAUGUAGUGAGGCAUGUGAAUAGUAUUUUUAUCCUAAAAUAAGAUUUAAAAAUGGUU